AUUGACAGGGAACUCAGCCAAUCAACGCUGGAGGUGGGGUUGUUAUUUCUAGUUGUCACUUUCACAGCGUAACUCUUCAGACUUUCUGUUUCACAUUACUUUAUGAUUUCUGUGCAGAAAGGGGACUUCGAAUGGCAGAGGAAGUGAAGGAAAUUGACCAUAGACUGGGUAGAAAAAAAUACUUUUCGAGUUCAACGGAUUCAGCCUGCUCAUCACAAGACGGUGGGGCAUGUGAUAUAGAUUAAGUAAACUAGUCUCGGGCUGGAGCUCACUAACCGCGAUAGAGAGAGACCACAUUAUAUUUGGUAACACAAGCCCCGCACAGGGACAAUGUAGUUAGCUUGGUGUAUACUUUGUUUUGCCUCGACGUAAUUUACGAAAACAAGCAAAGAUGGUUCACGUAUACAACUGCCACCCCUUCGCGUCCCAGCAAAUCGUGCCAACCGAGCAGGAACCGGGGUUGGUGUGCUGUGGCGGGGGUGCCCUAUUCGUGGUGUCCGCUGGAGGAUGCAAGAUCGAGGCUUUUCAACUGGGAGAAGAGGGGUGUCCUCUCAUCUGCCGCUUCGCCACUAUGGGGACUGUGCAGAGCAUCCUACACAGUGAGAUAGGGGACUACCUGGUGACCAUCGAGGAGAAGAACAACGCCCCCUACCUACGCGCCUACACCAACUGGCGCUACCAGGCGGCAGAGAAGACCCGCGUUGGCGUGCGUCUGCUCGGUCAUUUCCUGCGCGGCUCGUCCAUGCGCGGGGCUCCCAAGGAGCAGAUGGAGAUCAUUGAGAUUCCACUGUUUGAGCGUCCGCUGUGUGUGGCGUGCUGUGGGGUGACUGGAGACCUGCUGGUGGGGUGUACUAAGAGCCUGGUGCUGUUCAGUCUAAAGAGACAGGCCCUCAACGACAAGCUCUCCAUCCUGGACUUUGAGCGCUGUCUGAUCAUCCACCUCCCGGGACUGUCGCCCAAACAGGUGGCGAUCUGUGCAGGGUACAUUGCCCUGCAGACAGAGCUGGAGGUGCUGGUGGUCAAACUGGAGAGACUUCCUGGUGCUGCUUUUACCCAGAAGUCAGCUGACAAGAAGCCCCAGGACCACAGUCUGGUCCCCCAAGAUACGAUCACUGGAGCAGAACACGACAAUGAGACGGAGGGGAGAAGAGAGGGUCUGGCUGGUCACCGUGACCAUGAUGACUUCUUCAUUUUCCCCAAGCACCAAGAGCUCCUGGGGGACAGGGCUAAGGACUGUGGGGUCAAGAUCUCUCUGGAGUGGACAGGCAUGGAGAGUGAGGCCAGGGGCAACCUCAUCAUCACCUAUAUCUUAUACAGGCGUUUUGCUCCAGACUUCUUCCAGGACUGUAGUGUUGAGGAGACCCACCUGCACUCCCUGCAGUUUCACCCAGUGUUCACCAGCAACCAGGAAGUAUGUGUGGAGGGGGGUAGAGGGGUGGAGCCGACGUGUUUGUUCUGUUUCUUCUCGCUGCCCAAGACGGGCUAUUUGUACAGCGUGAGGGGCGGGGUUCACAUGGUCUCAGCCUAUCAGUAUCCAGAGAAGGCCCAGCAGGCCGUCCUCACUGACCUCUUCCUCCACAUCAUCACAAAGAAUGCUCUCCAGUGCUUCUCAGUGAGGUGUGCAGCAGUGGCAGCCAGAGCUGAGGACCCUUACAUCGAUACCACUAUGAAGGUGAGGAUCACCCUAUUUUCCUUAGCUAAUGGAACACAGAUCGACCCACGGCCGGACCCCUGGGGAGCUCUUUAUAGAUCUGAGGACCCUUACAUCAAUACCACUAUGAAGGCCUGUCCUCCCAUCACCAUGGAGUUGUGUGCUCUGCGUAUUCAGCUGUUCAUUGGUCUGAAGGCUCUGUGUCACUACCAACACCACAUCGUCCUGCUGACCACUGCAGAUGUGGAGACCAGGGAGGACACAGAGAGGACCGCACGCAGAGUCAUAGAAUACAAAGAUCACAAAACCCUUAGGGGGAUUUUCCUAGCAGUAGGUAUAGAGCCUUCCACCACGCCGGCUCUGAAGCAUUUUCUGGCCCACUCCUUCCUGAACAGGAAGUCACCCUUCACCAAGCCCCAGAAUCCCAGUGAGAUGGGUCACGGCUGGAACCUGUACGUGGUCAACACCGUCCCGCCGCUCCAGCUCUACAACGAGAUGGUGGAGUACAGUAAGACGUAUGAGGAGACCAACCCUCUGUCUCACAGCCGUCUGCACCUGCUCAGUGAAGCCCACCUCCUCCUGAGAGCCAUGCUCCUGGACCCCCGGGUUGGAAACCCUGUAGAACGGCCUCAGACCACUGGUCAGAACCUAGCCCAGGCCCUGGGAUAUAAUACAACCAGCACCGCAGACAGACAGGAGCUGCAGCAGGCCUUCCAGGAGAGCUGCGCCCAGUUAGGAGACUGCUUCAGCAGGUUUGAUAAGCGGGACUGCCACCUGGCCCUGCCCUACUAUAAGAUGUCAGGCCUGUCUCUGACAGAGGUGAUCUCCAGGAACAGGGGUCUGUCUAACAGCCCCUGUGGCUACGGGAAGGGCUUCCUCUUCUUCCUCAAACACUCCCUCUAUGAGGAGACCCUGGAGCUGCUCACUGAGGAGACGGCCAACGAGGUGCUGGAUAUCUUCGGUGUGGCCGAGCCGUCCCAGCUUCCCCAUGUUAUAGCCAGCCCUUCCAUGGCCAGAGCCAGCCCUGACUGUGGCCUGGCCCACCUAGAGCGGCUGGAGUCCAUCGGAGCCCCCUCCGUACCCCUCACCCUGUCCAAGGCUGCCCUGGCCCUGCGCAUGGCAGACCUGCAGCUCUACAGGCAACACAUGGACCGACACACAGAGAUGCUGCAGGUGUAUGGGUUCAUCGAGGAAGCCAAGCUGCUGCUGCAUGGCAGAGGGGACACGGUGGUACCUACUCUCCUGGCUCGUCACCUCAGGGACGAUCAGGACGGCCUGCUGGUGGCAGCCAUGGUGGCGCUGCAUGAGAACGACAAGGUCAAACUGGACGAAGCUGACCUCUUCUUCCAGGAGCUGUGUGGGGAUGUGUCAGGGCCCCAGGGAGGCCCUCAGCUGCUGGUUGACUUCUGGGAAGCCUUGCUGAUGGCCUCGUCACAGGAAGCCGUCAUCCAGGAGCUGCUGUUCCGCCUCACCACUGUCUACAUCGAUCGCGUCACACGCCGAGACGGCCGCGGAUUCAAACCGCUCAAGAGCGCAGACGACCUGAUUAACUGGUGUUCUCACUAUGGCGUGUUGUACCCCUGGGUCAGCAUCCUGACUCCAGCUCACGUCAACAUCAUUCCAGAGGACCUCCACAAACUACAGUCCCUGCUGUGCGGUCCCACCCUGGACGUGUCAUCCAUCCUGCCCCUGUUGGAGCAGCUGCCUGACGAGGACAACGCCGGGCUCAGUGUGCACGUGCUCUGUGCCACCAAGCUGGGUCACUACGAGAGCUCCAUCGAGAGGUUGCUAGACCGCUGUCCUCAGGCCAUCAUCCCUUAUGCUAAUCAUGAGCUGCAGAACAACAGCAUGGCUCUGUGGUGGCAGAAGCUGUUCCCUGAGCUGUGUGAGAGAACCAGAGCAACACAGGGAGAGAACACCAUUCUGCUGGCUGCACUCAAAGAAACACUGGUGGUGGUUGCCUUGGAGCUGAACCCCCUGGAGUUCCUGGACCUGUUGCCUGACGACGGGACGGUCCACUUCUUCCUGCCUCACCUGCUGGAGUGCAGCCAGAGAAACCUCAUGAUGUGAGGAGGAGGAGCCGUAGAAUUACAACUAGUAGAACAGACAUACAGUAGCUCUGAAAGCCAUUGUUUUAUUUCAUGGUCCAUCCAAUAUGGCAGAUUAGUUGAAUUUGACAUUUCUGCCUAAGUAGAACAGGUUAGUUAGUGUCCAUUUUAAGCAUACAUUCCAAGUGGUACGCCCAGUACAGCAACUGAUGCAACGGACUGCUGGUUUGAAUGGAAAUGUCCCUUCUACUGAUUCUAUUUCUAUGGAGGAUCCUAUACCUGGAAGGCACUGGACAAUCAACCACUUAGUGUGGAGUGAGCCUCUCAAAACACUACUACUGUAGAGCCAUAUGGAAAUGGUACCCAUACAAAACCACCGUUUGUAGUCCUAUUAGUCAAAUUAAUAUGAACAGAGAAUUUUGCUGUGCAGAGAUAUGACUAUUUUCUGAUUUUUAAUAAGGAAAUCCUGAAUUAUUUUAAAUGUAUUUUUCUGACCUCAAUUUUUCUAUGACUGUUUAGUAUUGUCACGUCGCUAGUCAUACCCUGCAGUGGUACAGUACCUCUUCUGUGUGGACUUGUGGAUACCCCUGAGACCUUUUAUUACUGAGUAUUAGGAACUGGAUGUUGAGUUAUACACUGGACUAGUCUUUCUGGUGGUCAUUGGAAGAAGAGAUAAGAAAAGGUGGUUAAAUAACGUGGAAGGAAGCUUCUCUGAGAGGUAUAAGCUCACUAUGAAACCCCGUAUAUAAUCUAUUCCCAGUGUUUGCUUUUAUCUGUUUUUUUGGUUCGCUGUGUUUAAUAAACGCUCUCUAAAAACA